AGUCGGAGUGAAAGUUGUCUCCGGUUGGAGCUGCAGUCUGUCGGUCGGUCCCUCGCGCCGCCGGGACUCGGUGUUUCGCUCCGCCGCAGCGGCUCGUUUCCGGAAACAUGAGGCGGAGGGAGAAGAGGCUGCUGCAGGUCGCGGGGCUGCUCGUGGCCGCGGUGCUCUUUCUCCCGAACGUCGGGCUGUGGUCUCUGUACCGGGACCGGGUGCUCGAAAACUCCCCGGACGCGGCGGACGGGUCGGGCGUCUUCUCCACCAAGCAGGGGCUACACCAGAAGGUCGCUCAGGUGGGAUCCGACGGCGUGCGGCGGAUAGACUGGCACGACUACAAAGCCAUGAGGAGAGAUGCCGCUCGUGCCGGAAAUGGAGAGCAGGGGAAACCGUUUCCUGUGACGGAGACCGACCGGGUCGAUCAGGCCUACAGGGAGAACGGCUUCAACAUUUACGUCAGCAACCGGAUCUCUCUGAACCGCUCGCUUCCCGACAUCCGCCAUGAAAACUGCAGGCAGAAGCUGUACGCAGAGAAGCUCCCCAACACCACCAUCAUCAUCCCGUUCCACAACGAGGGCUGGUCCUCCCUGCUGAGGACCGUCCACAGCGUGAUCAACCGCUCGCCCCCUCGGCUGGUGGCUGAGAUCAUCCUGGUGGACGACUUCAGCGACAAAGAACACCUGAAGGUGGCGCUGGAGGAGUACAUGAAGCGCUUUCCGAAGGUUCGGAUCCUGAGGACCAAGAAGAGGGAGGGGCUGAUAAGGACACGCCUGCUGGGCGCUGGGGCCGCCAAAGGAGAGGUCAUCACCUUCUUGGACUCUCACUGUGAGGCUAAUGUCAACUGGCUGCCCCCCCUGCUGGAUCGGAUUGUCCAGAACAGGAAGACCAUCGUGUGUCCCAUGAUUGACGUCAUCGACCAUGACAACUUUGGCUACGACACACAGGCGGGGGACGCCAUGCGAGGGGCAUUUGACUGGGAAAUGUACUACAAACGGAUCCCAAUCCCUGCAGAGAUGAGGACAGACGACCCAACUGAACCGUUUGAGUCGCCUGUGAUGGCUGGUGGGCUGUUUGCCGUGGACAGGAAGUGGUUCUGGGAGCUGGGGGGUUACGAUACCGGUCUGGAGAUCUGGGGAGGCGAACAGUACGAGAUCUCCUUCAAGGUGUGGAUGUGUGGUGGUCGGAUGGAGGACAUCCCGUGCUCCAGGGUGGGACACAUCUACCGGAAGUACGUCCCCUACAAGGUUCCUGGUGGGAUCAGCCUGGCAAAGAACCUGAAGCGUGUGGCGGAGGUGUGGAUGGAUGAGUACGCAGAGUACGUCUACCAGCGCCGGCCCGAGUACCGGCACCUGUCUGCGGGAGACAUGUCGGCCCAGAAGGAGCUGCGCAGCCACCUCAACUGCAAGAACUUCAGGUGGUUCAUGGAGGAGGUGGCCUGGGAUCUGCCCAAACACUACCCACCAGUGGAGCCCCCUGCUGCCGCCUGGGGAGAGAUACGCAGCGUGGGCAGCGGCAUGUGCAUGGAGAUCAAGCACUUUGUGUCCGGGAGCCCCAUCCGGCUGGAGAGCUGCGUGAAGGGACGGGGGGACGUGAGCUGGAGCCACGGACAGGUGCUGACAUUUGGUUGGAGGGAGGACAUCCGGGUGGGGGACCCCAUGCACACGAGGAAGGUCUGCUUUGAUGCCGUCUCCCACCACAGCCCCGUCACGCUGUACGACUGUCACGGCAUGAAGGGCAACCAGCUGUGGCGCUACAGGAAGGAUAAGAGUCUGUUUCACCCGGUCAGCAACAGCUGCAUCGACAGCAGCGCGAGCGAGCGGCGAGUCUUCAUGAACACCUGUGACCCCACCUCCCUGAGCCAGCAAUGGCUGUUUGAGCGAACCAACGACACCGUCCUGGAGCGCUUCAACCGAGGCGCCAAAUGAAGUCCAAGCUGGGAGACCCGAGGUCUUCUGAGGAACCAUCCAGGAACAAGGUUCUCCUUUGUUCUCAUAAAGCAGCUUUCAAGUGAGUAAAGUGCUGCUGUGCAAACAUCCUCCGCGGGACGGCAGUGAUCCGGUACGCCAGCCAAGGCUGAGGAGCUGUUAGGACCACAGGCAUCCACAUCCAGAGUCCAAUCAUCCCACUCCAGUUUGUGAUGAAGGAGGAGGGGGGAGAAGAAAGGACGCGUGACAAACCUGAAAAGCUUUCCGAGACCUUAGGAUUUUUUCAGAAACCUCUGGAAGGAAGCGGCUUCCUGUGAGGGCUGCUGUUGAGCUGAAGCAGGAACGUGUGUUCUCCAUCAUCCUGCAGAGACUCCACCAUGAGGGGGAGGAAGCAGCAGAAAUGGACUCUGCUUCAUUCACAGAGUACUUAUGUUUGCAGAUGAAACCGUCUUUUUCUGUGCUGAUCACAGGGAAGAGAAGAGGAAAACCAGGCAGAAGAAAGGAGGAACAAGGCAGCAGACGCAGGAGGAAGCUGCUGCAGGUGCAGAAACUGCUGGAGUCUCAGAGACCGUUCUGCCCCAUCAAACCAGCACGUGUGCUCCAGGCACAACCCAAGUGGAUGGUUUUGAUCCGAAUGUUUGCAGGAAAAACACUCAAGCAUCUCAGGAAAGAAGGACUUUCAAAAUAAGACUAAAAACCACAGAUGCUGCAAUCAAAGAGCUGCAGAUGUGGGAAUAGAUGUGAUGUUACAGCCGGACAGAUGUUUGUGGUGACAAAUAAAUGUGUUCAGAAUUAUA